CUUUGUCGCAGAUGUUAUUGAUAGACUACGCAGUCAAACAACUAAUUCACGAAGUCGAGAGUCAGAUUGCAGCAUUUUUGAGAUUCGAACUUGUAAACCCGCUAAGACUUCACAAUGGGGUCGCUUAUGGCUAAAUCAAUGGAUGAGAGUUUCAAGAAGAACAAGGAAUUCAUGACGGAAAUGCAAGUUACCACUGUCCAACGUCAAAUUCAGAUGCAGAAUAAGAUGAGAGAACGUGGUAUGGCGAUGCAGCUUGCAGGGUCGAGAGAACUCUUUAAUUGGUUAGCUUCAUUCUACGGUGUCGUUGCAGUAGCAGGCUUGGCUGGCGCUGCUAAAGGUAGCAAGGCGGCUCUUGUUCCGCUGAUACCUCUUACCUUCCUAGUCGGUUACCAGUGGGACUACUGCUUUAAUACCAAGGUAGAGAGAAUAAGAAAUGAAGCUGAAUGCAUCUUGAACGAAGAACCUUCUAUCCUAUCACUACCCAAUGGUCUUCCAACCUUUGAGGAUAUCGAAGCAGCCAGGACUAAGGCAUCAAAACAGGACUAAAUCUCACCUAAUACCUACCUAAGAUGCAAGCAUACAAGUGCUCUUCUGAAAUACUGAUCCAGGGGCCCAAGUGCACAAUUUCUACAACAAAUGUACUAUCAGCCAAUCAGAUUGAAGGAUUUCAGUAACUUUUACCGUUAUUGUAAAUUUUGUAUUAUUAAAUGUUUUAUGAAACGUACCCGAGAUAAUUUAUCAUAAUCAUAUAUAUAUAUAUUAUGUUGGUAAACCUAUGGCUUAUACAUGACAUUAAGCAGCAUUGGAACAUGUUCUGAGAUGGUAAAACAGCUACCUAGGAUAUGUCCUAUAUGUAGUAUGGGUCACCAGUCAUGCUAAAAUCAUGCAUAACUUACAAACAGCAUUAUGAAACAGCCCCCUGGGGCCCCAUAGUACAAAGUUUAGUGAUUGCUAAUACCUGUAGGACUGAUAUUUAUGAUAUUGCUGAUAUGUCCAAUCAAUCAUGAAAGCCAAUAAUGCGAUCAAUUACUAGUUAUUGUGUAACAGGGGGCCGCUUCAUAAAGCUGUUCGUAAGUUAAGAGCUACUUUAAGGAUGACUGGUGAUUCUUUCUUACGCGCUACACCAUCGCCAAUGAAUACCAUUUACCACAAGAAAGGAUCACCAGUCGUUCUUAGAGUCGUUCUUAACUUACGAACAACUUUAUGAAACUCCCACCAGGACUGGUAUUGGAGCAAAUGUGCCAGAUGAGUGUUUCAUAAAGCUGUUCGUAAGAUAAGAGGGACUUUACAAACGACUUGUGACCCUUUCUUAGGUACUUAAUCAAUGCCAAUGUAAAUUUUGUGGGUAACACUUACCACAAGGAAGGAUCACUAGUCGUUCGUAAAGUCGCUCGUAACUUACAAACAGCUUUAUGAAACUCCCACCAGAGUUGAAGAUGAAUGAUUAUGCUCAAGACACACCAAGGAAACCAACUCAUAAUAUGCUAUUUAAAAUAAAAGUAAGGUCUUGGACCCGUAACACAGAGCUUAGCAAUGAUCGUAAAACGUUUUUCUAUGAUUGAUUCCAUUGACUACAAUUUACAAUCAGUCAUGAAAAUCUAACAUACGAUCAAUCACUAACCUUUGUAGUCAGUUUCACUGCUGUGACUGUGGCUUAACCCAAAAAUCACCAAAUUAUUAUAAUAAUUUGGAAGUAGAUCAUAUUUUGUUUAGAAUGAUAUAUUUUUUCUCUAUGAUGCAUGCCAAAAACAGUUUGUUAUUAAUGUAUACGUUUGUUAAAUUAUGGAAAAAUGUAUUAUACGAAUAUGAAUGCAGAAGAAACAAUAACAUAAAAUCAAAUAUGAAGUGUUCCAUUUUUUGACAAAUUUGGAUCAAUAUGUUGAAAUUCACUGGCAAUUCAUUAGAAUACAUAGACCCAUAUUUUUUUACUUGUAAUUUUUUUCAUAUCCAGGACUUCAUAGUGUGGUAAUAGAAAAUAGAAUUAACAAUUGACUUUUACUAGUAGUUGUAUCGUAGAAGUACUACAUUGUAUGUUCAAAAUGUUGAAUUUCUUGACGUAGUGGAUAUAAUAGUAUUUCUUAAAUAUAAAACAAAAUAUUAUAGACCAAAAAUUAUCACAUUUUAGAUUAAGUAAUUAUCCAUAAUAGGAGGUGAUUAUUAGCUGUUAUAUAAUAUUUAUGAUUGGUUGCAAUAUAGUGAAUGAAUUCUAAUUAUUAUUCACUCUAGUGUAACUAGAAUCCAAUGAUUGACUUUUACUGAAAUUCACUUUAAAAAUCUUAAUGAUAAGAUCAAAGAUUAUUCAUGUUAAUUAUUUUAAGCUUGUGUUAAUGUGUUUGUUUCCUGCUGUGUUUUGUUUAUAAAUACAUAGUUUAUAAUUGUUAAAUGAGAAUGUCCUUUCUAAAAGGCAAUUUAUGUACAUCUUGAUAUAUUUAGUGUUUGAUAAUCACCUUUAACCCCGGGGGGGCAAGUCAAAUAUAUUGCUGUACACACGCGUCACAAAAAAAACGCGUUUAAAGGGGUGUUUUUUUCAGUUUUGGACGCGGUCCGCGCGUGGACUCGUUAAGGGUGUCAAAAACACCAAUUUCAAGAAAAAGGGUGGUUUUGAAAGACUGGUCAAUGGUCAACCGUGGGUUCAAACUUACUUAGGGUAUAUAUUUUUCCCCAAAGCUUUUUUUUUUAAAGGCAAGCCAAACGUGUUCAGGGUAUGUUUUUUCCCCGAGGUCAUAUUUUGGCGACAACUUGUUUAGGGGCCAAAAUGUGUAAAUAAAGCCCGCGAAAAACUUGUUUUUAGGGGGUUAUUUUGCACACAGAAAAAAACUCGUUUAGGGUGUGUUUGGAAAUUACUUGGUCACGGGUGUGUACAUCAAUAUAUUUGACUGGCCCCCCCGGGCCUUUAACAUCCAACCAUCACAUCUCUUGCUCAGAAAUGGAUGUACAAGAUAUUUCUGUCAUUCUGUGCACUGAAUGGAAGAAUGAUGUUGAUGUGAACUCCUUUAUGUGUAAAUUACAUGCUGUCAUAUGUUUGGAGUAUUUGUGUAUUUUGUAAAAGUAUGUACCAUGUAAAUGUCUAAUGUAAACUCUGUAUUCUGAAGUCAGGUUUAACUUAGACCAUGGUCUAAAAUGGUCUAAAAUUAUGGGAAGCCAAAAGUGUCAAAAUGUGUAUUGCAUUGUAUGUUUCUUACAUUAACUGCGCUCUUUCCUGAUUCUUCAAUGGUGAAGACAAUUAUCUAUUCAUAAUUCCUAGACAAUUGAGAAUGAUUUGAGAGUCAAAUGAGCUGCAAUAUUUUAUCUCUACUGUUAGUGAUUUAAGUCACAAUUAGCUUUCCAUACUUAAACCACAACUUUAAACCUGAGUUUAAAUGAAACCCGACUUCAGGAUACGGGCCUGUAUUGGGUAAUUUGUGUAAGCUCUCAUCAAAAUUAUAUUUGGUAUCUUGAUAUGAAUGCCAAUGCAGCAAUAGAUUAGUAAGAUAUACUCCAACUUGCGUUUUGCAUGUUGUAAUUGUUGAUUGAGUUGGUGUCUGGACACUUAACAUAAACAAAACCCACUGAAUCGCGUUUUAAAUGUAUCAAUAUAUGUAUAAAUUAGCACAGAAAAAUCUAAGAUUUGUGAUUUGUAAUAUUAAACAUAGUGGCGAAUCGGGGGGGGGGGGGGGAGGCAGGUAGGGAAGGUCUGUUGCCUCGCCCUUUGAGGAGUAUAUUUGAAAAUUUUGGGAAAAGACAAUAGAAAAUGUGCAGAACAUUUUUUUGGUGGCCCCACCCCUUGUGUCAAGAGGGGUGAUAGUGAUAACACUGUUUGCCCACCACAGCAUUUUGGAUGAAUAUGUUGGCCCCUGUGUCCCCUCAUACUGGUUACUUCGGGAUCCAUCAUUGGUUAAUUGGUAUUUAUGCUCGAAUAUUCUUGCAAAAAAAAUGAAUACAUGCAAAUUGCCAACUUGUCUUGAAUUGCCACCUGAAUAUAAAUAUUCGUGUACAUGUUCAGAGCCAGCGUGACUAGUUAUAAAGGCUACUGUAGUUAUUAGCCUUAUUAUGACCAAACCAUCUCAAUUAAAGGGUCGCUUUGAUACCCUGUGAUAGAAAUGGAAUUGUAUUGGUUUGGCUGUAGAGAUGUAUUUUGAUAAUGACAUUUGAACCUGUAAUAUCACAUCAGAUGUGAUUGUUAUCAUGGUUAUUGAUGAAUAUAUAUUGAACUAUUUCAAGAAGAA